GUGCAGGAUAAAUAUUGAUGAAGAGACCUCGAUCUUCGUUUUUCGUUUCUUUGUUCCUCGACAAGGCGACCGCUCCUGGACACACGGAGCUUCGUGGUCCUGUUUGAGAUGCUAGAGAAUGCGUGCGCACUAGUCUUUCCACAAAAAACACGCUGACCUAGUAGACCGCCUAACUUUGUAGAUGCAUUGCACGUUGCAUCGCCGCGCCGAAUAAAUCUACUCUCGUCACGAAAACUCAUGGUCGCCUUUUGUCUGCGGUGUUGGCCCUUCCUUUUGCUACGACUCAACCAGGUGGUGCAUGGUCGUGCCACGGAUCCCUGCGGGGACUUGGAAGUGGACCCGACAUCAGCAGGAGAUAACGAAGUCAAUGGCAUCCUGGAGAACACGAGCGGAACCGUUGUCGUCACUGGUGGGUCCGGGUUCAUUGGGUCGAAUCUGGUCGAGCUGCUGCUGAAAAGGACAAACUAUAAGAUACGCGUACUGGAUAACUUGGAAACGGGGAACAUCCUGUACUUGGACUUGAUCAGUCAGCCUGAACGGCUCCAGUUCCACUUCGGGGACAUACUAGACUUGCCGCUGCUGGAAAAGGUCUUCGGCGUAGCUGAAGACGACGCGGCGCGGCCAGGCGAUGACGACGCCGCACGGCCGCGACCUCCGCCCGACAUAGUCGGUGUUUUUCACUUGGCUGCGGCUUCGAAAGUUCUCCCGUCCUUGAUCGACCCAAAGAUGGCCACCUUCAACGUGAAAAAUAACGCCCUCGGGACCGCGAACCUGCUGGAAGUGGUGAGAAAAGUAAUUCUCAGACAGGAAGAGUGGAGAAAAAAGCACACCACAGAUGAGAACCACCGGAGCAAUCAAAUGGAUGAUAAUCUUUACAGAUUCAAGAAAAUCGUGUACGCGGGGUCGUCCACUUACUACGGGCGGCAGUCAGCGGACGACAUUGGUGCGUUUGAAGAAAAUAUGCUGUUCUCCGUGUCCAGCCCCUACGCGGCGUCCAAGUACAUGGGUGAGUUGCAGAUGAACACGUUUGACGAGAUCCACCAAGUGCCCACCGUGAACCUGCGCUUUUUCAUGGUGUACGGCCCGCGGAACCCGCGGAAGGGCGGCUACGCGGUGGUGACCGGGAUUUUCGCGGAACUCAAGAAGGCAGGCACGCUAUGGUGAGGAAAAACGUCCUCCCCUCCUCAUAUUUUCAAGAGGGAGGUUUUACUGUUGACACAAAAACAAAUCAGCUCUACUGUCAUCUUGCAAGAAAGCAACUCCAGAAAUCUCCGCCGCAUUCUGGAGGCGAUUUCUCAUGCUGUGGAGCCUGUGUCAGCGUCGCAGGUGUCUGCCAUUAUUACACACCUCGACCCAAGCGCCCAUAGAACCUAGGCUGCGGAUCUGGCUGCAAUCGCUUACUGCAAGACAGAGCUGAUUUGUGCACGCAAAGGCAGCAACAGAUGAAAUCUCGCGUUUGAAUAAGGGCAGAGGGAUUAUUUCUAAUUUUGAUAAAUGCCACUGACCAUCGAGGGCGACGGAAUGCAGUACCGCGACUUUGUGCACGUGGAGGACGUGGGCCGGGCCUGCCUCCUGGCGUUGGAGAACCCCAGCGUGCGCGGGACCUCCAUAAACAUCGGCAGUGGACGCACGCAUACCAUUCUGGACGCCGCCGAAAUCGUGGCGCCCGGCGAAACCCGGAGGUUUUUGCCGGCCAGGCGCAACGACCUCAAGGGCACACUGGCAAACACGUGCAAGGCGAAAAAAGAACUGAAGUUCGCGUCGGCGAAGCAAUUUGAGGCAGAAAUGGACUUCCUGGUGCAGAAAAUUCUCCGAAACGACAACGGUGACUUCGUCUACGAGAACAUGGACCGAACCUUUCAGCGCUGGUUCGCCACCAAAUCGCCAGCAGAUGGUGCUCCGCCAUGGUCCUCCUCGAGUUUAGAAGAAAAAAACGAACGCGUUCGCGAGCGGAUUGUGAAACAGGGCCUCUUGAAAGCUGCUUUGGAGACGACUGCUGAUGCCGCAGAACUGUGAAAGCGAAAAUUUGAAUUUCCAAAUUGAUUUUUGCCACUGAUUCAUCUGAACAUGAUACUCCUAGAUGAUAUGCAACCAAUUAUCUUCUUUGCGCACGAGCAUAACAAUAACUGAGACAUGAAAGAAGCC